AUGUUAAUGUUGUCUAGGGUUGAAACGCGAAUGCUGCAAUGCGUGUGCGAAUAAACUCACUUGGUCUGUCAUUAAUCCGAAAUAAUUAAAGAAAGGCUUAUUCAUCAAAUGCGUCACACUGAGAAUGCAACUAAUCACCUGCCUUGAGCUUGUGGAAGAGAAAAACAAAAAUGACGAGUUGCAAAGUCAAGCAGAGGUGAUCAAAUAAAUGCACAUCGCGUAUUAUGCAUGCAAUAAAAAUCAAAUGGUUUAUUAUUGGUUUUAGAUUAGAAAGUGUGUAAACAAUCUGGUGCCGCUGUCAAAGGAACCACGUGAGAAUGAGGGACUGUUACAAAAGCACUAACGGAGGUCAAAUGCACCUCCAACCUUCACUGGAGCACGACAGUGUUGCAUUAUACAAUUAUUUGUCCGAAAGUGUCAUAAUAAUGCCAUAGACGUUUAGAAUGAGUAGACGGGAGGAUGCAUUUCGCCGACUUCCUUGCAGGAUCAAUCGGAGGAGCGUGUGGUGUGGCGGUCGGUUAUCCGCUGGAUACUGUCAAAGUCAGAAUACAAACGCAGAAACAGUUCACUGGAAUCUGGAACUGCAUCACAACCACCGUCAAAAAAGAAGGGGUCCAUGGCUUCUUUAAGGGAAUGGCUUUGCCGGUCACCACUAUAUCCAUGACGUCCUCUGUUGUGUUCGGCACUUACCGGAACUGUCUGCAGUGUUUGGCCCAAUUCCGCGGGAUCGGCGCUUCCAACACCAAGCUCGAUGUGUUCCUGUCAGGUCUGGCGGGUGGAGUCGCACAGAUCUCUGUAAUGUCACCCGGCGACAUAGUGAAGGUCCGUCUUCAGUGUCAGACCGAGAGCAAGAGGAGCGGACUCAAACCCAAAUACAGGGGGCCGAUCCACUGCCUGCUGAGCAUCGCCAGAGACGAGGGCAUCUCGGGCCUUUACAGAGGAGCUCUUCCUCUGGCCUUCAGGGACGGGCCGUCGUUCGCCACCUACUUCCUGACCUACAGCACACUGUGUUCACAGCUCACGCCGGCAGGACAGAAAGAGCCAGAGUGGCCGGCGGUGCUGUUGGCCGGUGGAGUUGCGGGAAUGGCCGGCUGGUCUGUCGGGACGCCCAUGGACGUGAUCAAAGCCCGUCUGCAGAUGGACGGCGUUCGAGGAGAGAGGAGAUACCGAGGACUCGUUCACUGCGUGACUGAGACCGUACGGAACGAAGGGCCGAGGAUUUUCUUCAAAAGCCUGGAAAUAAACUGCCUGCGGGCGUUUCCCGUCAACAUGGUGGUUUUUGCCGUGUACGAGGUGUCGGUUCGGGUUCUCAGGUCGGUGUCCGUAGAUCGGAUCUCGUGAUGAGAAACCUUGCACUGAAGAAAGCAUCUAACGAUCACAGCAUUAAUGUAUGUGUUUCAGAUAAUUGUGCACGUCCCAGUCAUAAUUUUACCCCAAAAUUAAAAGAAAAAAAGGUAUUUUGCACCAGUUAUUUUGCACUGCCUUUAAUUUGUUAGAAUAAGAAUUCACUUAUUAGCAUUAAUGGAGAAUAAUUAAAAUCUUUCUUUCUGCUUUAAAUUAUAUUUCACUUAAAGAAAAUGAUAAUUAGAAUUGCAAUGUGCUUAAUUGCCAUAAUCUCACAUUUAAAUUAAAUUACAUUUUAUAAUUAUAAUUUAAUUAUAAUAAAGAAGUAUUAAUUAGACAACCACUAUUAUAAUUUAAUGAUUAGUGUUUAAUAAUGUAAACGCAAAUAGUGCAGUAAUUUAAAUGACUUAUGAAAUAUAAUAAUGGUCAGGAAAUGGUACGGAAUUAUACAUUAUUUCAUUGAAAUUAAUACAAUUAUUAUAACAGGGUUCGUACAGAUACUAUAAAAUUAAAUUCCAGGACUUUCAAGCACUACUUUUUUUAUUUUUAAGGACUUCAAUCAGAGAUCUCACUUAUUAAAAGAUGUCUUCUAAUUCACAUUCUAAAAAAAAGAGAGAAAUAGACAAAUAAAAAUAUACUAAUACAAUUUUUUUUACAAACUUUUUCUUUGUUUUGUUUUUAUAACUGCACUGCCUGAAUGGUUUGAUAUUUUCUACUGUUUAAAAACUGAAAAAAAGAUUUGCGAAAUUGCUUCGAAAUCCUGAUCUGAAACAAGUGAUUCGCGAACCCGCAUUGUAGUCCUGAUCUAAGUCAAAUGAUUCGCUAAAGCGCAACACGUGAAUCAUUUGACUUAGAUUAAAACUUUGUGUAUCGAGAAUCAUUUGAUUUGAAUCAUUUAAUUCGCAAAAUGAUUCACCAACCCGUUCUGAUCUAAAUCAAAUGAUUUGCAAUACGCAAUUUGAAGUCCCGAUCUGAAUCAAAUGAUACGCGAUCCGGUUGGAACGCUUCGAAAGACUGGAUUAUUGGUUUAACUGAUUCAAAGUUUUGAAAAGCUUCGUUUCACCCAUCACUACAUGCUUUUGUGAAUCAUUACAAGCUAUGCUGAAAUGCGAAAAUGAAUGGCUUUUGAUUUGAUCUAGUUUUUGCAAGUGAAUCGCUUGAAAUGAAUGAUAGAGUCACGAGUUUGAAUCAAAUGACUCAAUUGAUUCAGUUCAUCUGUUCCUCUUUUCACGUCUUUAGCCAUGUUUACAGGAUACUAUCAGUACUACUACUGGCUUGGCUCGAUUGUUUUCUGACAUUAACUGAAAUAAGCGAAAAAUAUGUUUUUUAAUUGUGUGAAUUUUGCAUUAAAAGAUAUGUGCUUAUCGACAAAAUUAAACACAAUAAUUCCAGCACUUUUCAAGUACCUCUUCAGGAAUAUUAAUAUUUUCAAAGGUUUGCCAGGCCUUAAAUUUUAAAGUCAAAUUAAGCAUUUUGUACGAACCCUGUUAAAACAUCAUGGAAAUGUCUAAAAUAUUGGUACAAUUACAUAAAAUGUUUACAUAGAAAGACUGAAAUAGCAUUUUCCUGUGAAAUGUACCCCAAUUAUUAUUUUGUCACGGCAUCUAUAUUUUAUUUGUCCUUGUAUUUUUUCUCUCUCUAUAAAGUUGCAAUUGAAAAAAAGCAGUUUAAGACGCACAAUGUGAAAUUCUAGAUCUUCAUCAAUUAUGAAACAUUUGCUCGAUAUUAAACGUGUCAUGUCAUGAAAAUGAAAUGUGUAGAUAUUGUUUUGGCUGUUGUCUGAAAAUAUUACAGAACAUAUUUGUUAAAUCCAUCCAGAAUCACCAUCUAUUUUGCACUUACCUCUCUGACGGGUCAAGAUGAUAUUGAAUGUGCCUUGCUUCAUAAUGAAUGAUUAUGGAUGAAUAUUGUUACUGUUUGACUGUGUUAUGGAGUGAUGGAUUGAUUAUUAAUACGGCCUCAGUGAAGAAACACUGAGCAUUCAUCUACAGGAGUUUCAGGCUGUUUUCAGUCGUUCAUCUGUAAUGAUGUGGAAAGAAACAGAAGAGUUACUGCGGUAAAACUGCUUCAAAACGUACAUUCUUAUUUGACAUUCCUGCUGUAUUAAAUUUAAAAAAUCAUGCAUGUGUAGCAGUCAAAGGAAAUACACAA